AUGUCUUUCGCUGCUCAAGCUGGUAAUUCUUUAUCUUUUUCAUUACCUUUUUCGAAUAUAGCAAAUUUUGUUUCGUCAAAACUGGAUUCUACGAAUUAUCUCGUCUGGAAGGAUCAGUUUGAGUCAAUUUUAAUUACAACUGAUUUGUGUGGUCAUGUUACUGGUGAUGACCUAGAACCAAUUAAGGAAAUUGUUGUUGAUGGUGUUAAUACUGUUAAUCCUCACUCAGAUGUUAAUGGUGUUAAGGUUCAUUCUGAAGUAUGGGAGAUGCUUGAUUAUGGGAUUCAGGAAUCUUGGACUAAGCGUUAUGUCGUGGCCCAUGAGAGUAUUAUCAUCGACCAAAAAUAUUUUAGGCUUGUGCGGUCUUUGAAGAACGACGAGAUUCUACUCUUGACUGGAAAUAUUCUAGUUUUGAAUGAACCAAAGCAUGGAAAGGCUUUAGAACUAAAAAUCAAUAAUGUUCCAUUCAAGAACGCUGAAACUUAUUUUGAAAGCUUAGUUUCUCUAAACUCUGGCCCAUCAACAGAGGGCAAGUUUCUAACAAAUGCUGCCAAAGCUGAAGGAAGCACUUCCAGAAUUUCAUCAAGUGAUUUUGUUGUCCCAGUCACCCAACUAAAGGUGCAGCAAGAGCAGGUACAGUAG